AUGAUUUGGCUCACCAAGUUAACAAAGGGAAAGGGUUGGAAAGCUGAAAUUUUGAGGAUGUUAGCCGCUGAAACUAUAUACAACAUCUGGGGAUAUAGGAAUGACAAAACUUUUGGCAACACUGUAGAUAAUACAACCACGGUAUCUAACAUCAUUGACUGUGUGAUCUAUCGUGGGUGGAACAACACUAGGAUUAGGAAACAUCUUGUUAAUUUUAUGAUGUAA